CCUUAAGCCCAGAAGCCACAGGUAAGAACAAUGCGAUUUUUCACAAUAUACCUAACCACGAAUAGCCCCCUAAUAUUAUCAACAUGAAACAGGAGCUAAAGAGGUUCCGCGCCAUCCCGCCAGCUGAAAUCUCUCUAUUUAUACUGCGUAUUGCAGUUGUACGGCCUCAUCUCGUGAGGCGAUACACUUCACAAUCCUACCAAUGGUCGAAUGAUUGGGCUAUUCCAGGCUAAGGCAUGACGUAGCGAUAUAAACAUAUCCUAAGCUGAAAAGCAAUCGCAGGAUCCUCCGAAAGGCGUAGCAAAAUGUGUGCAGGCUCUGUAGACAGCUUUGGUGCUUGGGGGCAUAUGUCCCUGAAUAUAAAGCUUUGGGAGUUCGACUGAUUCGUCGAGUCCAACUCCUCAACCGCUGUGGUAUCUUAUGUAACCGUCGUUCUCAGUAUUAACAUAGCAGACUGUUCUUCGGUACCUUCCUCGCACAAGACCGCUACGAUAGAAUGAUGUUCCGAAGAAACGCAGUCUCGGUUUCAGUUCUCCUAUCCGCGCUGUGGGAGCUUACAGUAGCAUUACCAUCUCCGCACGAGUUUACCUUGACCUGGAAAAAACAAAAUGGAAACGAAACAUUUAACGCCACUACAACUUUUCGCAUCUACGAGUGUGAUGCUGACAAUCAGGUGCCAAUGAUUAAACAAGCACACAAAGAUGCAUUGGACCUCGCCAAUGCGGUCUUCUACGACGAUAGGGAGUUAUCAAUAGGCAACCCACAUCAACUCAUCGAUUUCAAAUCACAAGCCGCUAUCGAUUACUUCGGGCCGUCAGACUUCGAACCUAGCCAGCAUCAGCGAAUCUAUGACACCUUGUAUCGGGCCACAAAUGCAUACUCCGGAUGGGGCCUUGACGACUGGUGGAACGGCCGAUACAUCGAUAUCUGGUGUAACGACUUUGCAAACGACUGUGAAGACAAGAAAACCGGUGACAGGUAUACGGCAUAUACCAAUCAGUUGGAUCCCAACACGAAAAUGCCGAGGACAUGGCCUCGGAUAAACUACUGUCCGGCCUUCUUCGACUCUCUAAAGUCUCAUGGAGACGCUAUAACAGAGAUUGAUGAUGACAAGACCGGGAGAAAGAAACUCAAUACUAAGAAUAUGCGAACUCAAGCGACAACUGCACUUCAUGAGUGGAUGCACAUCAACAAUAAUUUUACCGCGAUGAUUUGUAAUGGUGGUUGUAACGACACAAUACAAUGGGUUGGCGGCGUACGGACGAACACGUACAAGUCCGGCCGGGCCAAGCUGCUAGCUCGUAAGGAUCCUGUCCUAGCGGCCAAAACCAACGACAACCUGGCAUACUUCGCCACGGCUCUCUUCAUGGAGAAGAAGUGGGGCGUAUAUCCGGAGUACCCCCUGGCCUGGGAUAACGGUAAGACGCCGGCUCAAAACAAAAUGGCCGAGAAGCUGCAACCGGGAGACCCGGACGGGACACCGGAUACGAUACUCUCGACAGCUAGCACGAUACUCUCAACACACAGCACGACAUUCUCAACGCCUAGCGCGACAUCCUCGAACUCGGCCACCAACUCGACUACCGUGGCAGACGGCGACCCGAACGUCGACGGUACCCCAGUGGCUUCGGUGGCCUCAGACGCGCCGCUGCUCGCCGCCAGCAAGUAUCCCGACUGGUACCAACCAGUGCUCUCCGCGGCGGGAAGCAGCACGCUCCCAGCCAUAUCGCGACCCACGCCGCCCUCCAUCGGGCCCACGGCGCAGGUCAACCUCAGCGCGGUGCAGUGCAACUACGUCGUCAACCCCAACAUCACGGACCCUAGCUACGACGACUGCGUGCAGGCCUUCGCGCCGACCUUCGACUUCGCCAACGCCACCUGGUCGGCGCAGCCGCCGAAGCAGGAGAAGUGGGUUACGGCGUACAGCGGCCAGACGAGCGGGACGUGCGCGCUGACGAUUGAGUAUGGUGGAGACUGGACGGAGUGCAAUGCGACGUAUGGUGAUGUCUGGGCGCACGCGCGUGUGGUGUUCGAGGCGUGUGCGGAUUAUGGCAAGGGCACUGUGGGAGGUUCGGUGCCGUUUAGCGUGUCGGGAUGCCCUGGAAAUGUGUCUAUCACGCAUACGGUUGAGGCUAUCUCGUAGAGAGGGCGGUGACUUUGGUACGAGUGGUGUACGAUAUCUGUACGGCGAUCUAAGGGACAUGUCAAAAUGUGAGUUUAUAUGUAUGGUAUAUAUCAAGUUUCUACCGGAAAGACAUAACCGUCUAGGGCUAUCUAAUGAUAAU